AUGAUAAAGGUUGUUUUGGAGUUGAUCGUGGGAUUAGCUCUAUGUAUGUGGGCUGUUUUGACUUUCCAUGGCAAGUUUCUCUCCAUUCACCCUGACUCCGAUGAAAACAGGGCGGUGCUUUACCAGAUAACACGGAUUUCAUGAUAUUCACUCACCGUGGCCGACUCUUCCCACCUGAGAUCACCAUGAAGUUUUGAUUUUGUUUUUUGUUUUUAUCCUACUGCUUAGUCAAAAACUCAUCUAUCCAAUGUAAUGAGAUGUUGUUUCCAUUGAUAUUCUAC